UUAGCUGCAGAGACCGAGAGGGUUUUGUUUUGAAAGCUACGUAUGAACCAGAAUGCAUGGUAGACUUUUUUGGUAUGCAUGUCGCGUGUGGCGCAGAAAAGCACACAGUACGGCCGGGAAGCACGGAUCGUGGAAUAAGGGAUUGUGAAGGUGCGAUCUGAAGUCUACAGACUUGGAAAAGUCAAGCACGUAAUCAGCUGCUUUAGCAUACGAAAACUGUUGCCCGCUUCCAGUUAGCUAUCUUCUGUUCCUGCGUUCAGGGCUGGGGCGCACUGCACUUUUCUUCCUGAGUUGCACUUUUCCCACUUAGCCUUAAAAUCCGUGGAAAGCGAAGCACGACUGUCGCCGGGCGUCCCAGGUAGCUGGAGCUCGAGCCUUCGCGGUGCCCCGUCUCUCCCCCGCCGCACCCAGCCUGGGCUCGAGAGGAGAGAGCAAGAGCCCAAGCCGCGGGCGGCGGGCAGGCGGCGAAGAUGGCAGAGGCACCAGCCUCCCCGGUCCCGCUCUCUCCGCUCGAAGUGGAGCUGGACCCAGAGUUCGAGCCACAGAGUCGGCCACGCUCCUGUACGUGGCCCCUGCAGAGGCCGGAGCUGCAGGCGAGCCCGGCCAAGCCCUCGGGGGAGACGGCCGCAGACUCCAUGAUCCCCGAGGAGGACGACGAUGAAGACGAUGAGGACGGCGGCGGCCAAGCCAGCUCGGCCAUGGUGAUCGGUGGCGGCGUGAGCAGCACGCUGGGCUCCGGGCUGCUCCUCGAGGAUUCGGCCAUGCUGCUGGCUCCAGGAGGGCAGGACCUCGGGUCGGGGCCAGCGUCCGCCGCAGGCGCGCUGAGUGGGGGCACGCCGACGCAGCUGCAGCCUCAGCAGCCACUGCCACCGCCGCAGCCGGGGGCGGCUGGGGGCUCUGGGCAACCAAGGAAAUGCUCCUCGCGGCGGAAUGCCUGGGGGAACCUGUCCUAUGCUGACCUGAUCACCCGCGCCAUCGAGAGCUCCCCGGACAAACGGCUCACUUUGUCCCAGAUCUACGAGUGGAUGGUGCGCUGUGUGCCCUACUUCAAGGAUAAGGGCGACAGCAACAGCUCUGCGGGCUGGAAGAACUCCAUCCGGCACAACCUGUCCCUGCACAGCCGCUUCAUGCGGGUUCAGAAUGAAGGCACCGGCAAGAGCUCUUGGUGGAUCAUCAACCCCGAUGGGGGAAAGAGCGGGAAGGCCCCCCGGCGGCGUGCUGUCUCCAUGGACAACAGCAACAAGUACACCAAGAGCCGAGGCCGGGCCGCCAAGAAGAAGGCGGCCCUGCAGGCUGCCCCAGAGUCGGCAGACGACAGUCCUUCCCAGCUCUCCAAGUGGCCUGGCAGCCCCACGUCCCGCAGCAGCGACGAGCUGGAUGCUUGGACCGACUUCCGCUCGCGCACCAAUUCCAACGCCAGCACCGUGAGCGGCCGCCUGUCACCCAUCCUGGCAAGCACGGAGCUGGAUGACGUCCAGGACGAUGAUGGACCCCUGUCCCCCAUGCUGUACAGCAGCUCUGCCAGCCUGUCGCCCUCCGUGAGCAAGCCGUGUACCGUGGAGCUUCCGCGGCUGACGGACAUGGCCGGCACCAUGAAUCUGAACGAUGGGCUGGCCGAGAACCUCAUGGACGACCUGCUGGAUAACAUCGCGCUCCCGCCAUCGCAGCCAUCGCCUCCUGGCGGGCUCAUGCAGCGGGGCUCCAGCUUCCCGUAUACCGCCAAGAGCUCCGGCCUGGGCUCCCCAACCGGCUCCUUCAACAGUACCGUGUUUGGACCUUCGUCUCUGAACUCCUUACGUCAGUCACCCAUGCAGACUAUCCAGGAGAACAGACCGGCCACCUUUUCUUCCGUGUCACACUACGGCAACCAGACACUCCAAGACCUGCUCGCUUCAGACUCACUCAGCCACAGCGACGUCAUGAUGACCCAGUCGGACCCCUUGAUGUCUCAGGCUAGCACCGCCGUGUCCGCCCAGAAUGCCCGCCGGAACGUGAUGCUUCGCAACGACCCAAUGAUGUCCUUUGCUGCCCAGCCUACCCAGGGGAGUUUGGUCAAUCAGAACUUGCUCCACCACCAGCACCAAACCCAGGGCGCUCUUGGUGGCAGCCGUGCCUUGUCAAAUUCUGUCAGCAACAUGGGCUUGAGUGACUCCAGCAGCCUUGGCUCAGCCAAACACCAGCAGCAGUCUCCCGCCAGCCAGUCUAUGCAAACCCUCUCGGACUCUCUCUCAGGCUCCUCACUGUAUUCAGCUAGUGCAAACCUUCCCGUCAUGGGCCACGAUAAGUUCCCCAGUGACUUGGACCUGGACAUGUUCAAUGGGAGCUUGGAAUGUGACAUGGAGUCCAUCAUCCGUAGUGAACUCAUGGAUGCUGACGGGUUGGAUUUUAACUUUGACUCCCUCAUCUCCACACAGAACGUUGUUGGUUUGAACGUGGGGAACUUCACUGGUGCUAAGCAGGCCUCAUCUCAAAGCUGGGUACCAGGCUGAAGGAUCACUGAGGAAAGGGGAAAUGGGCAAAGCAGACCCUCAAACUGACGGAAGACCUACAGAGAAAACCCUUUGCCAAAUCUGCUCUCAGCAAGUGGACAGUGAUCCGUUUACAGCUUGACACCUUUGAGACUCCCACGCCGCUUCCCUAACCCAGCAGAGACUGUUAGCAGCCCUGGCCCUGGGUGAAGCCCUGACCCGUGGAACAGAACUCUAUAACGUAUGCAAAAUCUAACUCAUCUGCAAGUGACCUGCCAGCGUGGACAGCACCCAUCAGCACCCCCCACUCCUUCAGAGCACACCGGGACCCCGUUGGCUACUCCGUAGUGUUUUACUAUCAUGAUGGUUUAGGGGAUAUUUUAAGUGUCAUUUUGUGUUUGUUUCCUUUGACCCUCUGAGUUUUCUACACACAGUAACCUGCAGUAUUUUUCUGUUGAAAAUGUUAACUGUCCUUUCCCUAGCACACUUAAAAGCAGAAGGAAAGUGUUGUAUCAGUUCCCAGUCUGGCCUUGAGCAUCACAAGCUUUUGAGCCUGUGGGACCCCACAAACUUAACACAUUGCAUAAACUAACGGGUGGGGGGGGGGGGGGGGGGCGGGUAUUCCUUCUUUUAUUUGGUAGAAAAUUAUCCUUUUCUAAAAACUGAACAAUGGCACAACUGCUUGCCCUGCGUGCCCGUCCAGGACCGAACUAUGUGUAGGCGAAGCAAACAGAGCCAGGCAUCUGACCCAGUAGUUUCCAGUUCUGAGUCAGGGGGUGGUCUGUGGGUGGAGACCUUGAUGCCCACUCCUCAGUGGCCUGCUCAGUGGGGCUGUGGUCUCUCGCCAUCAGCGGUAGGCGGUGUCUCUGCUCUUAGGAACUAGGGCCUCUUCAGGAAAGCAUCAGCUUAGCCUCUGCUCGUUGCCAAAUGCCACGAAUGGGUUUAGUCUUAAGGAGAAAAGAGAAA